AUGGUCAAAGAGGGAGAUCAUAGCGUGACCCUCGAUCUUCUGAAGCAGAAGAUGGCCGAGUUCGCUAAGGAGAGAGAUUGGGGUCAGUUUCACAGCCCCAGAAACCUCCUUCUGGCUCUGGUGGGUGAGGUCGGGGAGCUGUCGGAGAUAUUCCAGUGGAAAGGGGAGGUUCCAAAGGGACUUCCGGAUUGGAAAGAUGAGGAGAGAGUGCACUUGGGCGAGGAGCUCUCAGACGUGCUGCUUUAUCUGGUCCAGCUCUCUGACGUCUGCGGCAUCGACUUGGGCCGAGCUGCCCUCCGCAAGGUUGAGCUCAACGCCCUCAAAUACCCUGUCUCUCUCUCCAAAUUGGUCUCUUCCAAGGAUCAAGAAGUUAUCGCCAACAAAAUCCUUGUUGACAAUAGUGAUACUUCUGGCACUGAUGGGGCCGAGAGUGGUUGA